AUGGGGAAUCAACAAUCACAAUUGGGAGGCGGCCCUCCAGGUCAAGGGGGCAAAGAUGAUAAAGACAAGAAGAAGGAUAAGCCCAAGUACGAACCUCCUCCACAACCGACCACCCGAAUCGGACGCAGGAAACGUAAGCAAGCCGGACCGAAUGCUGCUGCGAAGCUACCUACAAUCUACCCAACCGCGCGAUGCAAAUUGAGGUACCUGAGAAUGCAAAGAGUGCAUGACCAUUUACUCCUGGAGGAAGAAUUUGUCGAGAACCAGGAACGCCUACGAAAGGCGAAAGCCGCCCAGACCCCGGCUGCCGGCGCCGCUGCCGCCGAGGGUGACGCUGCGGAUCGCAAUGCCGACGAGAGAAGUCGGGUCGACGACAUGAGAGGCAGUCCCAUGGGUGUCGGGAACCUGGAGGAACUCAUCGACGACGACCAUGCCAUCGUUUCGAGCGCCACCGGCCCCGAAUAUUACGUCUCCAUCAUGUCUUUCGUUGACAAAGAUCUCCUCGAACCGGGUGCUUCGAUUCUUUUGCAUCACAAGUCAGUCUCCGUCGUCGGCGUCUUGACGGACGAUGCCGAUCCGUUGGUGUCGGUCAUGAAAUUGGACAAAGCACCUACCGAAAGCUACGCUGAUAUCGGAGGGUUGGAACAACAGAUACAAGAAGUCCGUGAAGCGGUAGAGCUGCCAUUGCUGCAUCCUGAGUUGUAUGAAGAGAUGGGCAUCAAGCCUCCGAAGGGUGUCAUUCUAUAUGGUGCUCCAGGAACAGGAAAGACUCUUUUGGCCAAGGCUGUUGCCAACCAAACGUCCGCAACCUUCUUGCGCAUUGUUGGAUCCGAGCUCAUCCAGAAAUACCUUGGUGAUGGUCCACGGCUGGUGCGCCAACUCUUCCAGGUUGCUGCCGAGAAUGCUCCUAGCAUUGUCUUCAUCGACGAGAUCGAUGCCAUCGGAACGAAACGGUACGAGUCGACGUCGGGCGGCGAGCGAGAAAUCCAGCGAACCAUGCUUGAACUGCUGAACCAGCUGGAUGGGUUCGACGACAGAGGAGAUGUCAAGGUCAUCAUGGCUACAAACAAGAUUGAGACCUUGGAUCCGGCCUUGAUCCGACCCGGCCGGAUCGACCGCAAGAUCCUGUUCGAAAACCCCGACACCAACACCAAGAAGAAGAUCUUCACCCUCCAUACGAGCAAGAUGAGUUUGGCCGAGGACGUGGAUCUGGACGAGUUCAUUGCUCAGAAGGACGAUCUCAGCGGCGCAGACAUCAAGGCCAUCUGCUCCGAGGCUGGACUGAGAGCGCUUCGGGAGAGAAGAAUGCGGGUCAACAUGGCGGAUUUCCGCAGCGCAAAGGAGAGCGUGAUGAAGACCAAGAACGAAGGCGAGCCCGAAGGUCUGUACUUGUAG